AUGAACAGCAAGGGAAAGACUAUGAUAUGCUGUGACAAGAAGUGGGAAGACGAUGUGAAGGAGGGUCUGAGGAUAGUAACAAUCCUUUCAAGAGUUCUACUGCACCAUCAAUCAAUUCGAAUAAUAUCAAUAGUUCUAACUCUGAUUUUUUCUAUGCUGAUGAUGAGGACUGAGGACUAUGCUGAUGAUGUCUCUGAUUAUGGUGGCAAUGAUGAUUUCUUAUAUGAAGAUGACUAUUCAAUUAUGCAAUCCAAUUUUGAUAAUGCGGAUCUUCCUCCUGGGGUAGAGGUUUCAAUUCCAUGGUUGAAGGACUCUGUUCUGCUUCCUUCCCUGGGCAAAAAAUGGGGAUAUGCAAAGUUUCUCAGUUUCAAACAUUUCGAUGUUGUGGAUGAUUUCUCAGACCAUCAUUACAGAGAUAUAAACUCAUCAAGAGGGCAACCAAAGGAGUGGGUGAAGCAAAUACAAGAGGAGUGGAAGAUUCUGGAAAAGGACUUACCAGAAACUAUAUACGUGAGAGUUUACGAAGGAAGGAUGGAUCUCUUAAGGGCUAUCAUUUUAGGACCUGCUGGUACUCCAUACCACGAUGGCCUUUUUGUUUUUGAGUGUUUCUUCCCUUCAAAAUAUCCCCAUGAACCACCGAUGGUUUAUUACUACUCUGGUGGUCUCCGGUUAAAUCCAAAUUUAUACAAAUGUGGUAAAGUAUGUCUGAGCCUUUUGGGCACCUGGCCUGGAGACGAGAAUGAGAUGUGGGUUCCAGGGCAUUCAACCAUGCUACAAGUAUUGGUUUCAAUACAAGCUCUUAUUUUGAAUGCUAGACCUUUCUUUAACGAACCUGGGUAUGAAAGUUCGUAUCUUGGGGAUGAAGGUGAGAAGAAGUCCAGGAAGUACAAUGAGGAAGUAUUUAUUCUAUCAUUAAAGACGAUGAUUUACACGCUAAGAAAACCACCAAAGCAUUUUGAGGAUUUUGUUACUGGUCAUUUUCGCAACUGUGCACAUGACAUCCUCGUGGCAUGUCAAGCAUAUGGAGAGGGUGCUACAAUAGGCUCGGUUGUGGUUAAAGACGGUGUUCUAGACCCUAACAAAAUUCUACAGGGUAGUUCUGAAGAAUUUAAAGGAACAAUACCGAAGAUGAUCAAUGUGGUGGCAAGAGAGUUUGUUAAAAACGGAUCAACAAAUUGCAAGCAGUUUCAGGCUAGCUGAAGCUGAUAGAUCUAAAUAAAAUGUAGGAUGGGAUGUGUUAAGCCAUUAUAGAAGCUAAUAUAGAGCUGUUUAGUAUAUACCUUCUGGUGAAACGCAAUUUUGUCGAACUUGGUUAUGACUACUUUUGGUAUAUAAUCUUGAAAUUCUCUUAAGAUAUAGACGGAAAAUACAAACUCGGUGAUUGACCAUUGAAACAAUACAUCAAGAUGACGCCUUACAUGUGGAGCUUUGGGGUAUAAGGGAUGGCCUCACCGUUGCGUGGAUAGAGGAAAUCGUUGCAUUGAGGUGGAAACCGAUAAUAGUAAAGCUGCCCGCAUUCUCAACUCCCCGCACCAACCCAACGAUGUUACCAUUGUUCAAGGAAUCCGCCAGCUUCUAAAGCUUCAGUGGUCUGUGAAAUUAUCUCAUAUCAGUCGUGCUGUUAACGCUGUCGCUGAUUCGAUCACGAA